CCAAUUCAAAACCUCCCCGCCAACCAACAUCAACACCAACACCAACAACUGAAUACCAAAUUGACACCAACAACCAAACCGGCCACGAACACCAUCACACCUAUCCGCGACGACCACUAACACCCCGACCACCGCCACAAUGAAGCUCCUCUACCCAACAACCCUCAACCUCAACCCCUCCCUCCUCGCCGGCUUCCCCACCCUAACCCUACACCCCUACGACGCAACCGCACCGACCCUCCCCGCCUCCCUCCACGACGCCACAAUCCUCAUAACCUGGGCCAACAGCGCGGCCAACCUCUCCUUCGCCGCCUCCCACCUGCCCCAGCUCCGCUGGAUCCAAUCCCUCGCCGCGGGCCCCAACGACGUGCUGGCCGCAGGCUUCGACACGGCCCGCGUCACCAUCUGCACGGGAUCGGGCCUGCACGACCACACGGUGGCCGAGCACGCGCUGGGCCUGCUGCUGACGGCGGCGCGGCGGUUCCACGAGAUGCGGGAUUGGCAGGUGCGGGGGAAAUGGCCGGCGCACUUGGGCGGGCCGCAGCCGGACCGGGAGCCGGGGACGUUUAGGACCCUGCGGGAUGCGCGGGUGUUGGUGUGGGGGUUUGGGAAUAUUGCGAAGUGUCUGACGCCGAUGCUGGUGGGUUUGGGCGCGACGGUGCGCGGGGUGGCGAGGCGGGCGGGCGUCAGGGCGGGGGUGGAGGUGUUUGGGGAGGAUAAGUUGGCCGAGCUGUUGCCGCAGACGGAUGCGCUGGUGAUGAUCUUGCCGGGGGAUGCGUCGACGAGACAUGUGCUGAAUAAGGAGAGGUUGGCGCUGCUGCCCAAGCAUGCGUGGUUGGUCAAUGUGGGCCGCGGGUCGUCGGUGGACGAGGAUGCGUUGUUUGAGGCGCUGGAGAAGGAGGAGAUUGGGGGUGCGGCGUUGGAUGUGUUUGAGAAGGAGCCGCUGCCGGAGGGGGACAAACUUUACAAGGCGAAGAACCUGGUGCUGUCCCCUCAUGCCGCGGGAGGCAGGCCGCAGGGGGCGGAGGAAUUGAUCGUGGAUAACUUGCGGAAGUUCCUAGCCGGGCAGGAGAUGCGGAACGUGGUUUGAGACGGGACUCUUGGUUCUUCCGCAAUGAAUGGGUCAAAGCAUGGCAACAGUGGCUUAAUUAGCAUUAGAGGAUCAACGAACCUUUCGAUUCCUAUUAUCCCU